AUCAAUGAUGAUUUUAGAAUAAUUAUGGAUUCUUCUCGAACCAAAGAGCGGGAGACGAGUGCUGUUCCCCAAAAAGCUAGGCUGCCAUCUCCGAGCCCUCGGGGCGCCUUCUCGCCAUGGCGUCCGGCGAAUCCCAGAAACAUCUCCUCUCUCUGAUCCGCAAUGUCGCCUCCGAGAAAUCCCAAGAAGGUACACUAUGGCCGCUCCAUGCUUCUCGUGCCUCCACGCUAUCUCCGAUGCGCCCCUCUCAAUCCGCAUGUCUUCGACUCAGAGCUUAGGGUCCCCGAUCUUAAGAAGCGGCUCCUCGAACUUCAGAACGAUCUCAAUGUUGCAAACGCCGACCUCGAUGGGGCCAAGCGGUCCAGGGAGAUGGACGAGCAGGAGCUGAGGGGAUCGCAGGUUCAGCUUUCUAUGAUUGGUGCAUCAAUCCAAGCGCAAGAGGCGAGGACUUCUCUGCUGCAGGAGGAGAUAUUGAAGCUCCGUUCUGAUCUGGAUACACUCAAGAGUGAAGUGGGUUUCAUGCGAGACGAAUUUGUUAAUAGUAUGUGCGAGCUGAACAAGAAAAUAAGUACAUACAGAUAUGACAAAAAGGAAGAUGAGCACGAACUUUCAAGCCUGAUUUACAAAAUAAGUGUUAAUAUAGUUGAAUUAAUCCAGUUUAUGCAACACCAAAGUCCAAAGUCCAAAGUUCUUCUAUAUAUUGUCGGUAUCCUUCAGAUUUGUUUUUCCUAUUGGAUGUAAUCCUACAAAGGACCUAAUCAAUUUUCUGUAAGCUUUCCUAUAUUAUUCCUCUGGUCCAUUUACCAAUGUUCAAGUACUUGGAACCUAUUCUGUAGUGUCAAAUAUCUUGAUAAAUCCAAGAGAGUACAAUUUGUUAUUGAGGGUGUGCAAAAACCACAUUGUGAUGAUGCUUUGCAAUGAUAUGUGUCCUGUGAUCUGGAAGCUUAAAUAGGACAAUAAUUUCAGUCUUGGAGUAAAGCAACAAUGUAGCAAUAACAAAGCCAGCUUGUGUAUAUUUUAUUGAAUGCAGAUAAUGGAGUUAAGCAACAAUGUAGCAAUGACAAAGCCAAC